UUUGCAAAUUGAGUGUGCCGAAUUCAUGAGUUACAUUUUAAGGAACUGCCAAAAAGUAAAUAUUAUCAUAAAAAUAAAACUAUCCCAAAAGUAAAAUAAAUUGUAAUGAAAGUGAUUUUAAAAUAUUGUUAAGUUUGCUUUCAAUGAUUAUAUACCCUCUUUUAUCGCAUAAUUGUCGCACUCGCAUAAAUGUCUAGGCAUGUGCGAAGCUUCGAUAGUACAAUCGAAUUCGAAGUUUUUUUAAUAUUCGAUAACACUUCGAAACGAUAUGAAGUAUUCGCAUUAAACGAAGCUUCGUCGUAUCAUUCAAGUUGUGACGUCACGUGCGAUUUAUUUUCUGUUAACUUCGGAAGAUCGACCUAUCGCUCGAACGUGACGUCACUAUCGAUUAAUCUAAAGUGUUGUGUAAGUAAACACAACUAAAUUGCUGCAUUUGUCGACUACCGUGGGUUUUCAUAAUUUUAUCUAACGAAAUUAAAAAUGGAUAAAGGUGCAGACGGUUCAUUACAAGCGAAAGAAGUACCGUCAAAAAGAAAGAAACGUAGUGCAAUAUGGAAUUAUUUCACAGAUGUUGGCGAUUGCUCCGCACAAUGCGAUUGUUGCAAACAGUCGUUCAAAUGUCCGCGUGGCACUACAACAACACUUCAGAACCAUUUGGAGGCAAAACAUGCUGUGUUGUACAAGGAACUAAUGAAAGACAAAGAAAAAAUUCAUGAGCUUGAAGGAACUUGUGCAAAAAAAAAACCAGUGCUGCAGCCUACUUUAACUGAAAUGUUCAGAAGUACGCAGAAGAUGUCACCAUCCGACCCUAAAGCACAGAGCAUAACCAAACAAAUUGCCAAAAUGGUGGCAACAGAACUUUUGCCGUAUGAGUUUGUAGAAGGGUGUGGAUUUAAAGAGUUAAUGGGUCACAAAAAUGUUGCACCUACAUACACAGUACCAUGUAGAACUACAUUUUCUGAACAUUAUAUUCCAGCUCUUUAUGAGGAAACAAAACACUCUCUCAAGAAAAUGCUUGUACAAGAUUUACCAACAAUAUCAUCCAUUGCAUUUACAUCUGAUGGCUGGACUUCUCGCUCAACUGACAGUUACAUUAGCCUUACCUGUCAUUAUCUCCGACCUGACUUCACGUCUGUGUCAUUUGCAAUGAGUAACACUGUUGUAAAUGAAUCCCACACAAGUGUUCAGGUGGCUACUACCAUAAAAAAUGUUCUUAUUGACUGGGAAAUUGAUCCAGCAGUGACAUCUAUCCCAUUAUUCUGCAUCACUGAUAAUGCCCAUAAUUUCAGACAGGCUUCUGUGUCAUUAUUUAAAGAUGGUUCCAGAUCAUGUUUUGCUCACACCCUUCAAAUUGCAAUUGAAAACAGUAAGAAUGAUUGCCCGGGUACAACCACACUUCUUAGUAAGGCCAGGAGUAUAGUUGGUCAUUACCGAAGAAGCACUCGUGCUAGGAAAAGACUUCACACAUUCCAGGAACAGUUGAACAUGCCAAAACUAGAAGUAAUUCAACAUAUUGAUACACGUUGGUGUUCAGAGUACCAAAUGCUCAAGAGACUGCUGGAAAUGAAACCUGCUCUUGUAGCCGACCACGUGAACUCUGGCGAUACAGACAUGCUGACCGCCUUGGAAUGGAAACAUGCUGAAAACUUUGUUCAAGUUUUACAACCACUUGCAGAAGCCACAGAAGAAAUGAGUGGAAACACUUAUCCAACAUUGUCCAUGAUCAUUCCAGUACUUCACUGUCUUCUUUGUAACCUUGAAUCACACAUCACUGCCAAAAAAGAUGGCAUGACACUUGCAAGAGCAUUGCAUAAAAAUCUAAAGUCAAGAUUUCCGAACUACAUGCAAGAACCCCUACAGCGUGCUGCAAUGUUGGUUGAUCCAAGAUUUAAAGGAGUGCUUCUAUCUACAAUUGAAUCGGAAGCCAUUCUUUUGUCAGAGAUAAAAAGUUUAAAAACUGAUUCCAAUCCUGUACAAGAGGCUAAAUCUAGCAUUCCAAACUCUGCACCAACAUCUUCUCUAUGGGCUGUCUUCGAUAGUAUUCCAAUGCAAGAAAAUAAAGAUUAUGAUGAAGGAGAAGAAGAAGUGCGGAGGUACCUAAAAGAACCUCGUAUCAACAGACAUGACAAUCCAUUAAAUUGGUGGAAAAAUGAAGGUACAAAGUACCGAUAUUUAUCCAAAGUAGCUCUGAAGUAUCUGGGGGUUCCUUCCACACAAGUAAAUUCAGAGCGUCUCUUUUCAGCAGCUGGAAAUGUUGUUUCAGCACGAAGAGAAAACUUGCUACCUCAGCAUGUCGAGCAAUUGGUGUUUUUACAUGCCAACUUGAAAUAAAAGCUAACCUGUUGACCGGAUAUAAGAGCCUAGUGUGUAAAUCUUUCAAUGGUGUUUUGUGUGUGUAUAGUAUUAGUCAUUUUUAAAUAUUUGUAGAACAUACUUCGUUUUGUUUGUUCUCCAAUUGAACAUGGGGGUUAAAUAAUUUUUCCCAGUGUUAUAAAAAUUUAUUAAACUUAAAACAAUGAAAACUUUUUGAUGAUUGAAAAGAACAGUGAUUAAUUUAAGAUGUGCAAUUGUGUACAUGUACAUGUUUUUAUGUAGAGAUUUUUCAAAAUGAAUUACAUGCUUCAUGUUUGUAAAUAGAACUUAAAUUAAA